UCUUUCUUUUUUUUUUUUAUUUCUUUCUCUAAAAAUAGGCGACUUUCGGUGCGCAUGCACAUCCUGCUGAAGGUCCCCACGCCUCUGCUAAGACAUGUUAGCUUGUUGAAAGUCGAGCUCCAGUCAUUGCCACACGACCGGUAGGCUGCUUUCCAUUUUUCUCCCCCCCCCUAAAAAGCAUGUUUCCGGAGCUUCCCCGCCGGUGGAGUCAGUUUUUCAGUUGUGUGAUUAAUAAUUAAUCACCGGAGGACGGAGCCGGACACCGCCCGGGCCGGCUGCAAGGCUACACCGGACGGAGGUUGCAUGUUCUUUCCCUCUCGGUUUCGGGAAAGGGGGAAAAAUAAAGACAGAGAGCAGCUUUCAGCCCUGCGUGCUGACGGAUGGAAAGCACGCGCAUUGCCGGAUUAUUUUGGGGUUGUGUUGGUUAAACAGGGCCCUACCGACCUACCUGGAGGGACAGACCACCCGUUCAUACCCCCUGCAGACGGAUGCUUGGGUAAGUGAGAGGGUUAUUUGCACUCAAGGACACCCUCAGCGUUGUUUGCUGGGUGUAUAGUUUCUCAGAGGGUUCGGGUUUUGAAACACAAACCGGAUCAGUUCACGGAUUUCUUACCGGGACUUGGGAUGAGCGUUAGCGGAAUUGAAGGUAUUUAACCUCCCGUACAUCACUUUUUUCCCCCCCUCUGCUUCGUCUCGCUUUGGAUAUCUCUCUGAGGGACUGGGCUCGAAUGAUACAGCAUGUGCACACGGAUGGCACGAGCUCUCACCUCGCUAUUUCUUUGAAAUACGUUUCUGGAGUAACGUUAAUUCGGCUUUGGGAUGCGCAUUGGAGGCUUAUAGGAUUUUUUUUUGUCUUCCAGCAACCGUGUGACCCCAUGCACCCACCCAUCCAUCCACCCACCCUUCUCGUUUUUGAGGAUCUAUAUGCACGUGAGAGUGCUUCUCGUGGGUUUGCACGGUGAGACCACCGGCACCUGGAUUCCCGGUUUGCUCCCUUUUGCUUUUUUUUCGCCUUUUGCCUGACUGCGCGCACGUCUGUUCUGGUAAUUCCGCUUCUUCUGCUGCUGUCCGGUCCCCCCCAACACACACACACACACACAUACACACGCGCGCGCACACACACACUCUGGUUUAUUCAGCCCCUGGAAACUACCAGGAGAGCUUCUCUCUCUAUAUCUCUGUGUGGAUGGGAAAGGAAUAGGAGCGCAGAAGAGGAGAGCAGGAGUUGGGAUAACCAGCCGAGCCCGAUCAACGUAUUUGUUCUUUUUUUCUUUUUGUAAAGCCGUGCGGGGCUUCGUCUCAUUGUGAUUUAACUCAUCCAUUAGUGGACGGAUCGGGAGAGGAAGAAGAAGAAGAAGAAGGGAUUCUGGAGAAAGGAGACACGGGGAGAGAAGGUGGAGAUCGAUAAAGAUAUCGGGAAGGAUUGAGCUGGAAACCAGAUGACAAAAAGGACGGAGGCUGCCCUUGUUAGCUUGUCAUCCCGCUGUAACCCCGAGGCCGGGGAUGUGACUGGAAUAGGAAGUCAUCAGAGGACUGACUCCUACUGAGAACUUCCUGCUUCCCCGAGAAACUCAGGGAAUCUUGGCACACUGUGGCGGACAGCUGGCUGAGCCAAUGACAAACUUGGAGGACUUGUAACGCACGUCACCCGGGUCCCUUCGGUCAAACCUACGUGGACAUGCGCACCACGUGUACGUGCACGUGAACCCGGAUGAGCGCCAGCACUGAUCCUUGCCCUGUGAGAAGAGGACAGCCCCCCCCCCUCCCUCUAAGAGAGGCUGUCAAACCCAGUCACCACAUCGCCGCUAGACCUGGUCCUGAUUGGCUCCCCGUGAUAACGAAAUACUGAGACCCUCCCAAUCAGCCGGAGAGCAGCCAUGGACGCCGUCUCCUCGCUGGUCGGUCCUCUCCUCCUGGUCCUCCUGUCCUCCCUCCCCCACGGCUCCUCCUCCAUGCUGUGUCCAAAGCGCUGCACCUGCCAGAACCUGCUGCCGUCCUACACGGUGCUGUGUGCCAAGACGGGCCUCCUCUUCGUCCCGCCCAACAUCGACCGCCAGACGGCCGAGCUGCGGCUCAUGGACAACUUCAUCACCACGCUGAGACAUCGGGACUUCGCCAACAUGUCCAGCCUGAUCCACCUGACGUUGAGCAGAAACACCAUCAGUCAGAUCCGGCCGUACGCCUUCGCCGACCUCCAGGACCUGCACGCUCUCCACCUGGACGCCAACCGCCUCACCACCCUGGACGACUCGCACUUCCAGGGCCUGGUGAACCUACGGCACCUGAUCCUGGCCAACAACCAGCUGCACAGCAUAUCCGAGGGAGCCUUUCAGGACUUCCUGGAGACUCUGGAGGACUUGGAUCUGAGCUACAACAACCUGGUGAACAUCCCCUGGGACACCAUCGCCCUGCUGGUCAGCGUCAACACCCUCAGCCUCGACCAUAACCUCAUCGAGAACGUCCCCGAGGGAAUCUUCUCCAACCUGCACAAGCUGGCCAGACUAGACAUGACCUCCAACAAGCUGAAGAAGAUCCCUCCGGACCCGUUGUUCCUGCGGAUCCCCGUCUACGCCAAGAUGAAGGGUUCCCCGCUGCUGGCGCUGGUCUUGAGUUUCGGUGGGAACCCCCUGCACUGUAACUGUGAGCUGGUGUGGCUGCGGCGACUGACCCGGGAGGACGACCUCGAGACCUGCGCCUCCCCCAGAGACCUCGCCGGCAAAUACUUCUGGACCAUCAGAGAGGAGGAGUUUGUUUGCGAGCCCCCGAUGAUAACUCGCCACACCUCCAAGAUGUUUGUGAUGGAGGGUCAGGAGGUCAGCCUGCGCUGCAAGUCCAUCGGAGACCCCGAGCCCUCGACGCAUUGGGUCAGUCCGGACGGGAAGCUGAUCGGCAACACGUCCAGAACCAUCUGCUACGAGAACGGCUCGCUGGACAUCCUCAAGGCCUCGGUCAAGGAUUCUGGAAAGUUCACGUGCAUCGCAUCCAACGCCGCCGGGGAGGCCACCGCUCCGGUCGAGUUGGUCGUCAACCCCUCGCCGCACUUUGACCCUAAACUGGACCCCGACCCGGGGCCUUCGGACAUCCCCACGUCCAUCAAGUCCAACGUCAGCGGGGGUCACGCCCGGUACGACCAGCAGAGGGUCAGCGUGUCGGAUCUAACGUCCAGUACUGCUACCAUCAGGUGGCCCCCGCAGAACCACAUACCAGGGGUCCGCAUGUACCAGAUCCAGUACAACAGCUCCACGGACGAUAUCCUCAUUUACAGGAUGAUCCCGGCCAACCACAAGUACUUCCUGCUGAGUGACCUGGCGUCGUCGCGGGACUACGAGCUGUGCGUCCUGGCCGUCUACGACGACGGCAUCACGGCCCUGACCGGCACCAAGCUGGUGGGCUGCGUGUCCUUCUCCACGGAGACGGAGUAUGGACGCUGUCACUCCAUACGAGACCAGUUCCUGGGAGGUACCAUGAUCAUCAUCAUCGGGGGGAUCAUCGUCGCCUCUGUCCUCGUCUUCAUCUUCAUCCUCCUGAUGAAGUACAAGCUGCACAGCAACCACUACAAGCAGAAAGCCGCCGCGCGCCACGCCAACGUCUGCUCCCAGACCAACGGGGGAGGGGGGGGCGCCAACGUGCUCGCCGGGCCUCCGUCCUCCUCCUCGGGGGGGCAAGGCGGAGGCGCUAAUAAAACCUCCCAACAACCGUCGGCGUCGGCGGACGGCAUGGGGGGGGCUUCUCUCCGAGGGACGACCGUAGUGGACUUGAACCCCACCCGCGACGACGACGCCAUCUCCCAAUAACACACAACA